AAAUACAAUUGGUCAAAAUACAUCUCAGUGUUCUGGCUGCUUUGUGCCAGUAAAAUCUCAGUGGUCUGAUGUUAGUGUGAUGUUAUUAAUUGUGAGUACAGCAGGAUUUGAUAUCUGCCCAGUCCAGAGACACGAGUACCUUGCCCACGUUCAGGACCCAAGGUCAAAGACCUGCCACGUACAGGUGGUUGCAGAUCUUUGUGCUCCUGACCCUGAGCAAACAGAAGGAGCCUGGAGGAGGAAAGGGCAGUAGAUGUGGAACAGGAGCAGCAUCCAGUCACUGGGUUACAGGCACACCUUGACCAGUUUGUGACAGUUUGUCACGGGUGACGUGGCAAAAGUGGCUUGCAAGUAGUUAAAACUCCCGGGGAGGGGACAUUGGUAACUGUCACAAACUCAGAGCACUCUGUGCAAGGAACAAGAGGCUUGUGACAAAGGAAAAGGAGAACUCAAAGCCUCCUUGGUGGGUGCUUUGUCCCAGGAAGGAGUGUGGAUUCAUUUCUGCAGUGAAGUCUGGCAGUUCAUUUGGAAUUGGCCUGGUGGGGACCUGCAGCAGAUCUUCCCCAGGAGAUCAGAGGAUCCCUCUGAUGGGCAGCUGAUACUCAGGGACAGCCUCGUGCCCUGCACCAGGGAGAUAUUAUGUGAGCUGCUGUGUUAGUCCUCUGGAUCCUCAUGGUAUGUCUGAAGGACAGAUCUCUGCAUGUUCUGAAUGUACCAGGUUGUCCUCAUGAAUACUCCAGUGGAGAAUGUCCCUGAUCUUCUUUGCCUGCGUGGUGAGGGUGAGGGAUGGGCUUCCCCUCUCGGCCUCCACGGAUUUUCAUUUCAACCAGGACUUUCUGGAAUGCAGGAAGAGAUUAAAGGCCUUAUCCUCAGCCCUGGCACGGUACCCAAGCCGAGGCACAGCAAAGGGACGUAACCUGAGCAUCCACUUCCUCUCCUCUGGGGAUGUUGCCUGCAUGGCAAUCUGCUCCAGCAGCUACUCCACCAUCAUGGCCUUCUGCUUCCUGGAGGAGCUUCGCUGGGAAUUCUCUGCUUCCUACGACACAACCAGCAUCAACUUGGCUUCCAGGCCUUAUGCUUUCAUUGAAUUUGACAACAUCAUUCAGAAGGUGAAAUUCCAUUUCAACAGUACCCGUGGCUCUCGAGCCAAGGCCAACUGGGAGAAGGUGGAGGAGGAGCUGAAAUUCCAGCCCCCAGUUCAGCUGCAACUGGAGGACACGGAGCUGCUGAAUGGGAUGACCAAUGGUGGGCACUCAGGAGUUCAUGUGGAGGUUGUCCCCACUUACAGAAUGCAGCCUGUGACCCCCCUGGGGAUCCUGUCCCUUGUCCUGAACAUCAUGUGUGGAGCUCUGAACCUCAUCCGAGGAGUUCACCUGGCAGAAUAUUCAUUUCAGGAGGACCAUGAAGGAAUUGGGAAUGUGAUAGCUUUUUUUGUACCUUUUCUAGCCUGUGUUUUUCAGUGUUACUUGUACCUCUUCUACACCUCUGGGAGGAAGGUGAAGACAUUUGUGCUCCUUUUCUGUGUCUGUUUUUGCAACAUCCACCUCUAUGGAUUAAGGAACCUCUGGCAGAUCGCCUUCCACAUGGGAGUGGCAUCCCUUUCCUCCUACCAGAUCCUGACAAGGCAACUCCUGGAGAAACAGCCUGACUGUGGUGUAUGAAACAGCACUUGGGGUUUGCUGCUCUGUUUUUACAACUGGUUGGUUUUUCUUUUCGUAUUCACCUGGCCAAAAACAGCUCGGGGUAUUUUUAGAGACUUGUCACAAUGGCUGUUGCAAGGAGGGUAGUUCCAGGCAACUUGAAAUAAGUAGGAUGCUGGAAUCAUGUCCAACACCCAGUGAGUGAGGAGUGUAGCUGGGUUUGAUGUGGUGGCGGUGCACGGGACAUCUUGCCAGGUGGCAUCAACAGGUGGAGGUUCUUAACCAUCCACAGGCUUUUACACCUUGACUUGCACCAUCCACACAGCAUUUUGCCAUUUGUCUUUCUGCCUUUGGGACAGUUUGGCAGGUCAGUGUCUUGCCCUGCUUCUGAAAAUGCCAAAACUGUGUGGCAAAAUGAAGAUCAAAGUGACGGGGAACGUUUUUGUCUCUGGAAUUUGUGCAGGGUUGAGAUUCUUGGUAAAUGUUAGUAAAGGAGUUGUUUGCUGCAAUUAGGUGAGUUCACAAUCAGUGGGGAAAAAUGGUCAGGGGGAGUUUCAGGGUGAUUUGUCUGGGUUUUGAAGGGCAGGGAAAGACUGUGGCUCUUUUAAAAACCAUAAAGGCUAUAAAUAUCUCCUGGCUAAACUGCACAUUGUAGUUAAGUGUGUGCUCAGUGGUUAAUUGCAACAGUGCUUGGGCAGCAUAAAAUAAACCAAGUGAGUGAUCUCUCAGCUCAAGUGGCCUUUGUUUCCUUGGUUAAGGUCACUUUUAGUACAAGGGCAAUUCCAUAUUUGCUUGGUCUGUAUGGAUAAUAAAUCUUCCAAGCCUGCUUGUGCCAGGCCAUUGACUCCUUCACCUUUUUAAAAGAAAUUAUGUGUGGCUGGUGAGUAAAAACCCAUUUCCAGGAGUGGGAAGCAAGAGCAGGUUCUCUUCAUUCUGUAGAACACCUUCAGUUAAUGGUGUAGAGUUCUUACACUCAGAUGAAUUCCUGAGUGUGCACUUUGGAAUAUAUAGGACUGCAGAGCUGGAACUCUUCACCUCUGCUGCACUGGCUGUGCUGGGAUGUCACAUAUCCAGGUGCAGGGGGGCAUUUUAGAACACAGAGGAAUAAUUUAGGGCUGUCUGUUAAAAAAAAAAAAUGCACAGCAUUUUGAUGCAGCAGGGUCGUGGGGAUUCAAAUCGAGACGUAGAGAACUGUAGGUGUGUUAUUGUGGGAUUAUGGUCCUGAAAUUUCCUUUUAUUUUUGUUCUUGAGAGUUUUUAUUUGUUUUUUUUUCCUUUCUUUCUUUCUGGUCGCCCCGUUUCAUUCACCAAAGAUUUCUUUUCCUCUCACAUAAUCUCUACCUCUGGUUGCAAAGAGAUUAAUUAACGUGCAGCCGAGUUGUGGGUUUUUUUGCAGAAACACUUAAAAAAAUUACUUUCUUGUGUCUCAGUGACUUUUCCUGAAAUCUCAGGAUGCAAACACGAGUAGCAGUGGAGGAUCAGACCAGAGAUUUGUGGUGCUGUACUUUGGAAGCACUCCUGGAUGCAGCUGAUUGCAACAACAGCAGGGAUAGGCUGCCCAUUACAGCCUGACCAGUUUCUAGGACAUCAAGGGACUUAAUUCCAGAGCUUUUCCCAGUAGGAAAAUGUAGAUAUUUCUUUUUCAUUGCACUUACUGUAACACUAACAUCAUAAAAGCCUGUAAAUGUGAGGCUGGUAGGAAUGAUGGAGGGAUAGAAUACAGCUGGAGCUGUGUGCCAUGAGGGAAUUCCCUUGUGUUAUAAGGGAAUGGAUUAAAGUUUUUUGUCUGUCAUUAUCCCAGUUCUCUUUGAGUGGAAAAGUGAAGCCAGAACUCAACCACUGUCCUGAAGACACCCAGGUGACCCCACAGAUGUGAGGAGUUAGAAUUUAUAUACUGCUAUAAUGCUGCUCAGUCCCAGUUUUCCUUGGAAAGAUUCUUUUGGAGACCUCGUGGGAACUAAGCCACGAGUUUGGAUCACAAGUUUAAAAAAAAAAAAAGAAAAGCUGAAAAAAAUAACACCCCAAAAAUCUGAUACUGGAAAUUUAACACUUAAAAGGAUACUGGAUCUGACUGUAUUUUCUGGGAGCAUAAACUGGGUGUCAACCCACUGGGUUAUCAUGGAGAAUCAUCCUGUGGGGAAAGGAUGGAGGAUUUUAUACUACAGAUGGACAAAACUUUGGGAAAAGGACUUUAGUGACAUGACCCAACUCCCUGCUCCUGCCUUUUUAGCCUAAAUCUGGCUAAAUAAUCCAAAAGAGCUUUCCUGUUCCUUGGCUAAAGCCAGGCUGCUCCAGCUUAAGGCACACAGAGCAUUUACAGCUGGGGCACUCCUCAUCCUUGGACUAAGCUGACUGGAAGAAGCUGUAACAUUCCCAAUGAUUCCCAAGCAUCCAGCUGUUUGCUGUGUCACAAAACAAAUCCCUGUGCCAGGUGAUGUGACUCACAGCUCUGCAGCAGUGGUACAACAAGGUGUGUGGAUAAUUUAUGUAAUUAACAUAAAGUGGAUAAAGGUUAAAUUCAGCUUUCAUUUGAUUUUUUUUUCCUUAAAAUGUUUCAGUAAAAUCAAACCAAACCCGUUGGUUCAGUUCUGCCUUUGCCUAACCUGAUAUUUUUUUGCUUUGUGGAUUAAUUGGAGGAUGUGACUGGAUCUUUAUAAUCUUUAGAUCUUUCCUACUCAGUGACCAAAGCUCUGCUUUGCUGUUAGUCUUAAUCCCUUUGCAACCUUUUUUUUCCCCCCUCUGUAAUAUUUGUAAACCAUAUUAAGGAAUCUCCAUGGAUUAGUCUGUGUGCACUAACACUGUGCACUUUGCAGCUUUGGAUUGGGAUUCCAAGGAUGAGGCAGAGCUCUCGUAGUUGGCCCUAUUUUUAUUUUUAAUGUUGGUAUUUAGAGUGGCUCCCACAUCCACGUGGUAUUUAUACAGUUAAACAUCUUCUCCUGGUGGAGCAGCAAGAGGAAUAGAAUAGUUUACAUGGAUCUCAGUGCUUUAAGAUUUAAUAAAAAAGAAUGACUUGCAGUUUGAGUACAUGAGAUCUGACUCACAACGUGGGAUUAUUCCUGUAUUGAAUCAAAUCCCCAGGGAGAAAUCCAUCCCUUUUUGUUCCACUUUAAACUGUUUAAUGUAGUUUGAAUUGCAUCUUCUUAAUUCUGUCAGUUUGCAAGAUAAGUCUGCUGGAAACUCUUUUCCUCUCCCAGCAGCUCAGCACAAGAAAAUUGGCAAAGAAUAAACUCCAAUAAUUUCCAGAUUUUCAGUGCUUAGUCACUUUAUGAAGCUGAUAAUUUUCUGUGUUUUUUUUUUUCCCCCUUUCUCCCAAAAACCUGUUGAGUUUGUAGAAGGUGGGCUGGUACCUUUUUAGACAUUUUUGCACUGUAUUAAUAAUUGAACCUGUGUAAAUGUGUAUAAAAAAAUCAUUUUGCAUGUAUAUAUGUACAUAUAUCUAAUAAAUGGCUUUUUUUCUAA